AUGUCAGCCUGCACCAAAAUUCGCCACAUUGUGAAGCUCCGCCAGAUGCUACAACGGUGGAGGAAGAAGGCCGCCACCACGGCCCAUUGCCGCGUCCCAAACGACGUGCCAUCAGGUCACGUAGCCAUCACAGUGGGCCCUAGUUGCAAGAGAUUUGUAGUGCGUGCCACUUACUUGAACCAUCCAAUGUUCAAGAAAUUGUUGUCACAGGCAGAGGAAGUGUACGGUUUUACUAACAAUGGCCCUUUGGCCAUUCCUUGUGACGAGUAUUUGUUUGAAGAGUUACUUCGUGACUUGGCUCGAUUCGAUUCCGCUAAUUACAAGAAUACAUCACUAUUCGUGCACUUUGAAGAAUUACAGAAAUAUUGUGGCAUGGAUGUUCGAAGUAAUAUUGAUUUAUGGGGUGAUUCCAGACCUCUUUUGCAUAGGGUAUCUGAUAAAGACACUUUCUAUCAGAGACGGACCAAGAUUUUAAGUUAG